AUCCAAACAGCGAGCUCUUAUGGUGCGGAUAAUCAGCUGCCGCAGAGCCAUCUGUCACUCGGCCCGUCUCGUCACGAUCUAUCUCAUAUGGCGGUGCUGCCUUGGCCUGGGCUGUCUGUCCAAAGGCUGUUCGGUUGAAAGUGUCUCCUCCCCCUUCCUCAGUCAAGCUUCUAAUGGUCAAAUAUUUCUGUCUCUCUUCCCUCUCCAUCAUUUCAUAUCGAUUUCUGAACGGCAGGAUGAUUGAGGUCAUGCAUGUC